GCGAGCGUGUGCAACGGCGAGUGGUGUCCGUGCCGAAGAUGGCGGACGAGGUGGGCAGCGGCGGGAAGCGGCCGGGAUCGGGCUCCGACUCCGACGCACCCACGCCCACCGAGCCGGCCCGCGGGCCGCGCCUCGUCAACAUCAUCAAGUCGGAGACGGGCUACGGCUUCAACGUGCGGGGCCAGGUGAGCGAAGGCGGGCAACUGCGGAGCAUCAACGGAGAACUGUACGCGCCGCUCCAGCACGUCAGCGCCGUCCUACUGGGCGGAGCGGCCGAGAGGGCCGGGGUCCGUAAAGGAGACCGCAUCCUGGAAGUCAAUGGUGUUAACGUGGAGGGAGCGACACACAAGCAGGUUGUCGACCUGAUUCGGGCAGGCGAUCGGGAGUUGAUUCUCACCGUGCUGUCAGUCCCACAGCAAGAAGCUGAUCGCCUGGACCCUGGCGAUGAUUCGUCUGGGAGCAUCUACUACGACUACAGUGAGAAGCGGGCCGUGCCCAUCUCCAUCCCCAGCUACAAACACAUUGAACGCAACGGGGAGAAGUUUGUGGUGUUCAACAUCUACAUGGCUGGACGGCAACUGUGUUCCCGCCGCUUCCGUGAGUUCACCAUCCUUCACCAGAAUUUGAAACGGGAAUUUUCGGACUUCCAUUUCCCAAAGCUCCCAAGGAAAUGGCCGUUCUCACUCUCGGAGCAGCAGUUGGAUGCCAGGCGGAGAGGCCUGGAGGAGUACCUGGAGAAAGGUGAGCAGCCCAAGGGUGGAUGUCACCUAUACCUCCACCUGUCCUCAUUAUACAACGUCAGUGAAAGAAAACCAAGCAGGGUUGAUGAGAAAUAUGCCAAUGCCUUGGAAACCGCCACGGGUGGAGAAAGUCACCUUGGAGCGACAGCCAUCGCAUCUGUCCGCAGGCCCGCAGUGAAAGGAUGUCAGAACGAGACACUGUUGGCUUUGAGUGCCGAGCUACGCGGCAACUAUCCUGAGCAACGUGUCAAGCAUAGAGUGUUGCCUUGGGAUACUGUCCUGCUUCACAUUCGUAAAAGAGAUAACUGUUAUAAAAGCAGAAUGUUUCUUGUUGGGCUCUUUCAGAGUACGAAUGGGCUGUCGGAUGUGGACCUGAGGAUAGCACUGCCCGACAGGAACAUCAUCACCGUCACCGUGAAAAAAAACAGCACCGCAGACGAAGUGUACAGGGCAGUACAGGAGCACCUACGAAUGGACAGCAUCACGGCCAGCUUCUUCACACUGUUUGAAGUGGUGGACCACUUCUUCGAGAGGAAGCUGGUCCCCAACGAGUUUCCACACAAACUGUACGUACAGAACUACACGUCAGCAGCAGCCGGCACCUGCCUGGUCAUCAGGAAGUGGCUCUUCACCAUGGCUCAGGAGGAGCUCCUGAAUGACAACGAUCUCGCUGUGACAUACUUCUUCCAUCAGGCUGUGGAGGAUGUGAAGAAAGGCCGGAUCCGAGUUGGCGACAAGUCGUACCAGCUUCAGAAACUGUCCGAACAGCACAAGAAAGUCAUGUACCUGAACAUGAUUCGUACGUGCGAAGGCUACAACCAGAUCGUCUUCCCGCACUGUCGCUGCGACUCUCGAAGGAAGGGGCAUGUCAUGGCCGCCAUCAGCAUUCAGCACUUUAAACUGCAUGCUUGCACAGAGGAUGGUCAGCUGGAGAACCAGGUGAUCGUGUUUGAGUGGGCCGAGAUGCACCAGUGGGACACGGACGAGGAGGGGAUGGCGUUCUGCUUCGAGUACAUCCGCGGUGAAAAGAAACCACGUUGGGUGAAAAUCUUCACUCCAUAUUUUAACUACAUGCAUGAAUGUUUCGAGCGGGUUUUGUGCGAGCUGAGGUGGAGGAAAGAGAUGGAAGAAGCUGGCCACAAUGAAGAUAACGGGAACAGCUCCAGUGGCAUGAACAUCUUCCACGCAGCAGCAAGAAGAGGAAACCGAGGCUUGCUGUCCUGAUGGGAGACCUCAUUCUCUGUAGCAUCUCAGCACCUUAGCAUGAAAACCGAAGCAAUUGGACCUUGGACAUUGGGAGAUAGGGAGGCAUGCAAUGGCCCAAACCUUUCCUCAAUGUAGCUGUGACAUCAGAACAAUCUUCAAGUAGUCCAUUCAUCAUUUCAUCCCAUCCUUCACUGUUCUAAAGUUGCCACUCAUAGACCCCUCUGUGAGUGAUCAAGGAGUAUAUUGGACUGCAGGACACUGGGAUGCCAUCUUCCUCACAAGGGACAACUGUAGCACUUGGCCAACAGAGUACGGGGUGCCAGUUGGUGAAGGUGUGAACACUAAACCAGCCAGAAUCCAACUCCAACCUAAUGAAUAUGUCAACAGUGUAAGGUACUGGUUUAAAUGCUGAGGCAGAAUCCCUUGAGAGAGUUUCAAUCUGCAAAUGGCUGGGUGAUGCCUGCACGAUGCCUUGGUCAACUGUGUCCAAACACCAGUUCACCUUGACCGUCUCUCAACUCAAGAAUAUCGGUCGCGAGUCGAUGUUCCUGUCCACGCCUGACUCUGGGGUAAUCUACAGCCUGCCACUGGAUGCUGUCCUGCAUGCAGUGUGUGUGCAGUAUUGCAUUUUGAUAAGUUGCAACGGGGUGGGGGGAAGGGGCAUUUUUCCUUAAACUUUACCAGACAAUGUUUAAUUUCGUAUUGUUUUGUACAUCGAGCUGUGGAUCGCUGCCAAUGCAACGAACUCUCCCACUGAGAAGUAUUUCAUCCAGAGUUGUGUGCCGUGGUAUCCAGUGACUCUUGGUGGUGAUGGCUCCAGACUACGGUGGAAUUGGCCAUGUUGGCUCUCUGUGUUGUUGUUAGGGGAAGGGGGAGAAACAUUCAGUGUUUAGUAGGAGAACAGAUUAGUAAUUAACCCAUUUUGUGUCUGCAAUAUUUCCCUUCUCGUUGUCGGGGAGCAAGACUGAAUCCAAAAGCAUCCACUACAAGUUGUUGAAGACUUGGCUGGGGAACCGGCCUGUACGUUAUAUAUGAAAGUAUUUCCAGUGCUUUUUGUUGCAUAUUGUUUCUGAAAUAAAGAGUUACUUAACCUCGACAUGCUGCUUAACCACACAGUUAUUCAGACCCUGUGUUUAUAGGUUAGUCAGUCGCCAGUGGAGAAUGUGCAGUUUGUGUUCCUCACCGGCGAUUAUGUUCAUCCCGCUGAGUAGUUCACCACCUUUCGGGAGUCCGGAGCAAGGAACCAGUUGGGUGAGUGCCUGAGGAACAGUUUAUGCCAAUUCCCCUUUGCCGUGCCUGUGUCGUGACUGUGUCAAGAUUCACCAGGUUCAGACGGGGCGAGAGACUGGCUCUGUGAUAUGUUCAGGCUUUCAGUUUUCAUGAUCUGUUUUACACAGUGCAGUCUUUGUAUUAUUUGAAGGACUAGUGGGUCAGUUUAAAAUCAACCUCAUCAAACUUCCUGAACUCGUGACAGGACUGAUGUCUGAAGUGUUGCACCCGGAUCCAGAAGUCCUACCUAGUAACUGAGAGACUGUGCAUUGUGUUCUUGUGUGGGCCAAUAUACGGGCCAAAGAUGUGAAGCCACACUACAGCUUGUCAGAGGCCGACUGUGGGAAGAAGCAAUUGUUUGUAAAAAAAAAACUCUAGUCUUCUCAAAAUUACCAUGUAAUUUCUUGAAAGCAUCAGUGUUAAAGCUGCAAUGUAAUUAUUUAUAGAUCCAUAAUUAAAGGUGGCGACUGGUUUGUGUAA